CAUACUAGUCCAACCUCGGCUCAGCCUCAGUCUACAAAGUGAGAUCUAACUGACAGAGGGUUGAUCCAAGGAUGGGAUAGCUCCUAACACCGGUUUAAGACAAGGGAGAUUUGUGAGAACAUGAAGUUCCCUGGUCUAAUACUCUGAUGUAGAGAUGAAAUGCAGGAUCAAAGAUGGACCAAAGAUAAGUUACGAGAGAAUAAUGAGGUUCCAGGAUACUCCAGAAACCAAACACAGAGCAGGUCUCAACACUCAACCCUGUCAGGUUCUGUAGGACCUGGAGCAAGAUCUAGAGAGAAAAGUGGAGGUCGUUCACAAUCUUCAGAUCACCGAACUCUACCCCGUUCUUUUUCUUCCUCCCUACCUCGGAACUACUCCGACCAUCCUCCUCCUCCUGUUCCUCCUCACCAGGGAUACCUCAUCCCUCCCUCUCCUCCUCCUAGACCUCACUCCAGGCACAACCCCGGCAGAUCUCAUCCCAGGCCGGAGAACCAGGUUCAGAGAACUAGUUCAGCUCGAACCAACUCCGAGCAAGUGAUAUACCGGCCAGAGUCAGGUCGGACUAAUUAUAGAUCCGAUCAGUAUAAUGAUCAUGUGAUUCAUCGCUCAAGUUCAGUUCGACGAUCAUCGGAUAAAGGAUCGAGGAACCAGGAUCCUAGUCAUAGAACUAACCUUCAGGAUCAAUCUCAAGCUCGUUCUGAUCAGAGAUCUUGUGAAGAGAGAAGAUUGAUCGAACAUCCUGUCCAUCCUGUCCAUCCUGUCCAUCCGGUCCAUCCGGUCCAUCAGGUCAAGCGUAAAUCGAGCAGAAAAGGAAGAACCGGAGAGGUUGAGGUUCACAGAUAUAUUGACUCCCAUUCUCCUCCUCCAGAGUUGAGACAGGGAGUGGUUUUGAUGUCUCCGUCCUUGGAGACCAACUGUGCUCUGGUGCCCGGAGAACAGACCCAAUAUGCUCUCCUUUCUUUCAGAGAAUCCGCAGUAAGAAAUCCACCCAGUGCUGUAUUCUCUACCCGGAGUUCACAAUCCCAACCCAGCUCCAGGAGCACGACCCAGCAGAGAACUUCAGUAUCCGGGAUAGUCCAGAGUAGGAACCAGCAGUCUUCUAGAACACAAUCUAAUGGGGUUCCACGGGGUUCCGAGCAGAAUAUGGAUCCUACAAGAGGAUUAAUGUAUGCUAGGGAUCAGAUGAACGGAUCACAACACAGUUUGGAUCCCAUGAGAGGAUCAGAUUUUAACCGGGGAUCCCAACUGCACCGGGAUCCAAUGAUGGGAUCUCAGUAUUCUAUAGAUUCUAGGUUAGAAUCUCAGGAUGGAUUUAGAAGAUCUCAACCCAACCUUGAUAGGAGGAGAGGUUCCCCUUCAUCUUUAUCCAGGGCAGAGCAACCAAUGAACAAGAUUCCCGGGAAGUUUCGGAGAAAUGGUUCACAACCUUGUCUCAGGGUACCUCAUCAAACCUUCCAACGUCAGAGCUCGGCAUCUGAUAUUCUCUCCGGAACUAGACACAGACAACCCUCCUCCGAUACUCUGCAUACCAAUACUGUUAGAUUUCUCUCCAAGUCUAGAAGUUUCUCCGACGAUGGAUUGGAUGGAAUGGAUAAGCAGACUGCCCUUGAAGUUGUCAGACAUAAAAGAGCUAAACAACUCCAACCGGAGAAGACGAGCAAGAACCCGUCCAAGGUUGGACAGCAGAAGUAUGAGUCCGGAGAAGGACUAGAUACAUCUCCACAGAAACUUUCCCAACCUCUCCUCCCUCCCCUUCCUCCAGUACCACACACACAUCCUACACACUGCCAUCCUUCUAUACCGGUUCAUGUUUUAUCUCCGGACUCUAGUGUACCCCCUCCACCUUCUCCCCCAUGCACCUGUGGUAAGGUGCUGGGUGAUAUGGGACCUCCUCCUCCUGCCUCUGAUCCCUGGGACUCUCAGAGUAUAGACAGUCAUCUGACAGGGGAGAGUAAAGGAACCCUGGAGAGUAGAAGAUCUCAAGGAUAUAUAUCUAUGACAAGUGCUAGCACAUAUCUCAUAGAUGCAACCGGUGCAGAUCCUGUUAUACUUCCAGGGGACGGAUACCAUUACAGGGGUCCAGGGCAACCAGGGCCCUCCUAUCAAGGUCAACAAGGCCCCCCCUACCAGGGGCAACCAGGCCCCCCCUACCAGGGACCCCCGGGGCCCCACUAUCAGGGUCCCCCUGGUCCCCCCUACCAUGUAUAUAAAGAAGUAGAGGAUACGGAUGGAUUAUAUCAUCCUCACCCUGCUCCUCCUCAGCUCAACGGUAGAUCAGGGCAUUGUAACCAUAUGGACGACGGCUGUGAAUGUUUUAGAGAAAAUUACUCAAUAAAUAGAAAGUUGGCUCGAGCUUCUAAUGGCAGCUGCUCCAACGGGUUCUUGAAGGAGGUGGAGGAGGAGGAGGAAACAGGGAUCACCUUCAGGGUCGGCAAGUUCAUCGGGCAGGUCACCAUUGAAAGUGUACGGUUUCGGAGACAGCAUUGGUUAUUCCUAUUCGCCUGUCUUCUCAUUCUUGUCAUUAUUCUCUCCGUAUACCUGCCCAUUGUAACAAGAGGACCUGAUCUUCAGAAUGCAGAAUUCAGAAUGCGGGUUGUGAAACAACUACUCAAGGAGGUUCCUUUAAUAGACGGGCACAAUGAUCUGGCCUGGAAUAUCCGGAAGUUUGUUCACAAUAAACUCGGAAAUGUAAACUUCUCUCAGAACCUGGCAGACGUAGAACCCUGGUCUAUUAGUAAAUGGUCGCAUACGGAUAUUCCAAGACUCGUCCAGGGGGGACUAGGAGCUCAGUUGUGGGUUGCAUAUGCUCCAUGUGGAUCCCAACACAAGGACGCAGUUCAGAUCACCCUGGAGCAGAUAGAUCUCAUUAAACGGUUUGUGGAGCAGUAUGGAACACACCUAGAGUUUGUUACAACAUCUGAAGAACUAGUUGCUGUUCAUCAGAGGGGUAAAAUAUCCAGCCUAAUCUCCGUAGAGUCCGGACACUCUAUAGGGACCAGCCUCGGGGUCCUCAGGAUGUAUCAGAGGCUGGGGGUCAGAUCUCUAGCUCUAACUCAUAACUGCAAUAAUCCAUGGGCUGAUUCAAGCCUGGUUGACCGGCCUGGAGGAAUACCUCUACAUAACGGGCUUACAGAAUUCGGCAAGACUGUGAUUGCUGAGAUGAAUAGGCUUGGUAUGAUUGUAGAUUUGUCGCAUAGUUCUUUAAAGACUGCUGAGGACAGUAUAUCUGUGAGUUUAGCCCCUGUGAUAUUUUCCCAUUCUUCUGCUCAAUCUCUCUGCAACUCCAGUAGAAAUGUACCUGAUAAACUAAUAAAAAAAGUGUCGGAGAAGGGCGGGUUGGUCAUGAUAAACUUCUUCUCCUACUUCAUCACGUGUUCAAAUAUGUCUACCAUUACAGAUGUGAUAAACCAUAUCAACCACGUACGCAAAGUUGGGGGCGUCGACCAUGUUGGAAUAGGUGCCAGCUAUGACGGAAUAAAUGCUGUACCGACGGGUCUUGAAGAUGUCUCCAAGUAUGUUGAACUGAUCUCAGCUCUAUAUUCAACCGGACAGUGGACAGUAGAAGACUUGAAGAAACUUGUCGGGUUGAAUUUUCUCCGGGUCUUCAGAGAAGUAGAGAAGGUUGGAGAGAGGUUGGAGCAGAGUGAGGUGGGAGAGGAUCUUAUCCCUGGGAUAGAUAUCAAGGAUUCAGUGGAGUGUAGAACUAUAAACAAGAGAAAUACCAAUACUGUUCCUUGCUGAUCCAUAGUUCUCCUUCAUACCAGACAAUACAUACAUCCUAGAUCCAUAGAUCUAUAGAUCCAUAAUAGAUAGAUCAACAGAUCGAAAGUUCAAUAGAUCAAUAGAUCGAUAUAUCAAUAGAUCAAAAGAUCUAUAGAUCAAUAGAUCGAAAGAUCAAUAGAUCAAUAGAUCGAUGUAUCAGUAAAUCGAUGUAUCAAUAGAUCUAUCAAAAGAUCGAUAGAUCAAUUGAUCGAUAAUUCGAUAGAUCAAUAGAUCUAUGUAUCAGUAGAUCGAUAUAUCAAUAGAUCGUUAGAUCAAUAGAUCGAAAGAUCAAUAGAUCAAUAGAUCGAUAUAUUGUAUCAGAUAUAUUGUUUAAAGGUGUUGGUUGCAGGAAUCUUGAAGAGAAAUUAGUAAAAACGUAGACAAUAAAACUAGAGAUUAUAGAAUAAUAAAACUAGGAAUUUAAUAUAACAAAAUCAUCCAUUUUUUAUCAUUCUGAAGACAUUAAGAAAUUCAAAUGUAUCUUGACGACAAUUAAAAACAUUUUGAAAAGGCAUUUUUAAUUACAAAAAAUGAUUUCAAAGGCGCUUACAUCAAAUUUGUUCUAAAAUCAUUUUAUUUUAGUGAAUUCUACUUUUGUAUAUUUAAUCUUCUUGUUUUAUUCUCAACUCACCACUUUAAGAAAAUGAAAAGUGAGUAGCGAGUUUAAUAUUCGGAUAAGUUUAAACCCUUCAGAUGAAACUAUUAAAAAACGCGAAAAAUCCGAUUUUUUUGUUCUGUUAACUUCAACAAUUCACUCAAAAAAAUUUUUUCGAUGAUUCAACAAAAUUUGAAAAAUACAUUUAAUUUAUUUUUACUCUACCGAUAGAACCUACUUAAAAUAUAAGUUUUAAAAUGACAUAAUUUGUAUUCAUUUAGUUUUCUAACAACACUUAUACUGAAUCCAUCUUCCCUUGAAUUCAAUGUUCUGAUUCUAAAAUACUGCCAUAUCCAAUAUAUUCAUUAUUUUCAAUGUUUCUGUAAACCUAUGCAUAUUAAUUGUUUAUUCAUUUUUCGUAAUCCAUUAAUUUGUUCAUUUAUUAAAUAUUUUUCUAGCAUUCAUUCUGAGAUAUCUUUCAUUUUUUAAUACUUUAUUGAAAAGUAAAUUUUACAGACAAUACUUUUCAUUGCUUCUUUAUAAUUUGAUAAAAGAUGUUCUACUUAAAAUUUAUAAAAAAAAUCGUCGUCAUACCAUUUCCAGUUUAAGCAAACACUUAAAUACAGUAUCUUAAGUUACUUAAAUUCCAAAAAAUUAUGUUUUUUAGUUUUAGUCAGAGAGAAGUAUAUAAAUCAUGUUUGUUAACAUUAAAUAAUGAAUUUUACUGGUAAAUGUUAUAAGCUUUUGGAAAACUUUACACUGUGCUAUAAUAAUAAUAAUGUAACGUAAACCCGGUUCAUAAAGACACAAUACCCCGUACCCCGUCUCUAUCUCUUACCUAUCUAUCUCUCUCUCUAGUCACUUUUCCAAAGAUAGUCAUUUAUAUACCAAAAAAAUAGUCUAAAUUUGUUGAUAUAUAUCGCACAAAAUGUAUUUAGGAACUUGUUGAUAAAAUGUAUAUACGGAUAAACCUUUAAUAAAUAUUAUUUCAAAAAUA